AUGCAGCGCAUUCGACUUGUAGGGGUGGGACGAACCGCCAUCGGUGCCUUGAAGCGGGACAGCAUCGAUCUAGCACGGGAGGCCUUGGAGCUCGCCUUUGCUGACGCCAACAUCGCUGCCAAAGACGUCGGGGCCCUCAUCGCAACCCCCUCGCUCUCGUCUGGGCACUUCAUGCCAGCGCACUACCUCGCCACAAAGCUCCAGCUCACUGCCGAAAAAUCAGCGAUGCUGUUCAAAACGGUAGACGCGGGUGGCGCCAGCCCGAUCAGCAGCAUCGGCGCUGCGCUAGACCUCUUCCACCGCAUGCCGCGCCUCAACGUAGCUGUAGUGGUGUCGAGCGACGCAGUGCACACUUUGCCAAGUUCCGAGUUUGCGAAACGCUCGAACGAGAGCGUCCCUUCGCCUCACCUGGCAGAGCCGCACAUACCACAUGGCUACGACUUUUACGCGCAGUGGCAGAUGAAGCGGUACGGGUUGAAGCGCGAGCAGCUGGCAAUGGUGCCGGUACUCAUGAGCGCCAUGUCCGUGCGACAUCCGGAUGCCAUGUGUAGGAAGCGCUACUCCUUGAAGGAAGUGCUCGAAGCUCGCCAAAUCGCACCUGUGACGAAUCUUCCCGAAUGCGCGCGUCGUGCAGACGGUGCGGCCGCAAUCGUGCUCGCGCGGGAGGCGCACUACAAGCAGCACCACGCGACAGGACCGCUCGAUGGCCGCAGGCCGUACGUCCUUGGCGUCGGCGAAGCCUCCGGCCCACUUUACCCGCCAGCCACGCACGAGGAAGUGACGCCUGAGACGUUUUCGUGCCAUCGGGCUAUGCACCUGGCGUACGAGGCGGCGGGUGGACUUUCCACCUCUGACAUCGACUUCUUCGGCUUGUACGACUGCUUUCCGAUCUGCUUCAUUCGCGCCUUGGAGGCGGCCGGGUUGUGCAAGGAGGGCGAGGGUGGGCAGAUGGUGGAGGAGGCCUACCGCAGGGCGGCGCAGCGCGACGGCGAUGUGAACCCGAGCGAGUUCCCCAUCAAUACCCACGGCGGCCUCAUGUGCUUCGGAGCGCCAUGGGAGGUGCCGGCAAUGUACAACGUGGCGGAGGCUGUCGCGCAGUUAGGUGGCCAAGCGGGGCCGCGGCAGGUGCACCCUACCCCGCGACGUGCACUUGUGUACGGCAACGGCGGUGUUUUCUCCGCCUCAGCUGUGGCGAUCCUCAGCACCGACGCACCGUAG